AUGGCCGCCAGAAUUACUCUCCAGAGCUACCUCAAAGCUCCCAAAGCCGCAUCUCUCGCCAAUGGCAUCAAGAACACUCGCACUAUUGCGACCUUCAAGGUGCCAGCUGUGAACAACGAGCCCAACGUAUGUUGUGAAGUCUUGAGCAUUUGGAUACUCGGUCUAACAUUGUGGUACAGNCCUACCUACUCGAGAGGUACCGUGGAUCGCGAGAAGCUCGCAGCUGCUCUCAAGAGCUUCAGACAGCAAGCCCCCGUCGAUGUUCCUGUUGUCAUUGCUGGCAAGACUACCAAGCUCUCGCAGUCCGACCCCUCGGCCCACGCCAACUCUGUUGCAUCCUACUCCAACGCCUCUUCUCAGGAUGUCUCGGCUGCCAUCGAUGCUGCUUUGGCUGCUAAGCCCGCAUGGGAGAACCUNCCCCUUGCCGACCGCGCUGCUGUCUUCCUCAAGGCUGCCGACCUGAUCGCUGGCAAGUACCGCUACGAUAUCAUGGCAGCAACCAUGGCUGGCCAGGGCAAGAACGCAUACCAGGCCGAGAUCGAUGCUGCCGCUGAACUGUGCGAUUUCCUUCGUUUCNNCAACGUCCAGUACGCUCAGGACACAUACGCCCACCAGCCCACUCACAAUUCUCCUGGUGUCUGGAACCGUGUCGAGUACCGUCCUCUCGAGGGUUUCGUCUAUGCUGUGUCGCCCUUCAACUUCACUGCUAUUGGUGGUAACCUUGCAUGUGCCCCUGCUCUUAUGGGCAACGUUGUUGUCUGGAAGCCUUCUCCUUCGGCCAUGGCCUCCAACUACCUUCUCUACAAGAUCCUUCUCGAGGCUGGCCUCCCUGAAGGUGUUAUUCAAUUCCUCCCCGGUGAUGCUGCUGAGGUGACCAAGGUUGUCCUCGCCCACCGUCAAUUCGCCGCUCUCCACUUCACUGGUUCUACCUCCGUCUUCCGCAGCCUGUACGGCCAAAUCGCCAACGGUGUUGCUGAGGGCCGCUACCAGGGCUACCCUCGCAUUGUUGGUGAGACUGGCGGCAAGAACUUCCACCUUGUCCACUCCUCUGCCGACGUCAACAACGCCGUCAUCAACACCGUCCGUGGAGCUUUCGAGUACCAGGGCCAGAAGUGCUCUGCCACCUCUCGCGCAUACUUCCCCGCCUCGCUGUGGAGCAGCGUUAAGGAGGGUCUGAUUUCCGAGACCGAGAAGCUGAAGAUCGGCGACCCAGAGGACUACUCCAACUUCAUUGGUCCCGUCAUCCACCAGGGCAGUUUCGACAAGUUGAGCAAGGUCAUUGACGACGCAAAGAACGACUCUGAACUCGAGUUGCUCGUUGGUGGCAAGUACGAUGGCUCAAAGGGCUACUACAUCCACCCCACCAUCUACGCCACAAAGAACCCUGCACACCCUCUGCUCAAGCAAGAACUCUUUGGCCCUGUGCUGUGCGUCUACGUCUACGAUGACGCCGCACCAAACGCUUUCGCAAACAUUUGCAAGGACAUUGACGCUUCGUCCGACUAUGCGUUGACUGGUGCAGUGUUUGCUCAAGACCGCUAUGCCAUCCGCUUUGCUGAAGAGGCUCUCCGCAACACUGCUGGUAACUUCUACAUCAACGUCAAGAGUACCGGUGCUGUUGUUGGACAGCAACCUUUCGGUGGUGCCAGAGCUAGCGGUACCAACGACAAGGCUGGUAGCGCUAACCUGUUGGCUCGCUUUGUUAGCAUGCGUGCCAUCAAGGAGGACUUUGUUGGUAGCAACAAGGUCGUUUACCCCAGCAACGAGGUUUAA